UGGUUGAACAUACAAUGUUUGGGACAUAGGACUUUUGCUUGCAUUACAGUUAUGAGGUCCGCAAAGAAAAUUUCGGCGUGUAGCAAAUGGAAUGACCAAAAAUAUGUUUUCCCUUUUUAUAACGGUGUUAGGUGCAAAGCUGCUGAUUCAAUAUAUUUUUGCUGGGCAAAAAUCUCUCUGGCGUUAUAUUUCUCAUUGAAUGGUGGAGCAAACUGAGAGAAGGAGAGCCCAUCAUCAGACACGCAAAAAAUGAAUAGCACUGGCAAAGACAAUCGAUCGAAUUUAUUUCUCCUAGUUUUAAUAGUCUUCAGCAUUUUAACGGGAAAGGUUGUCGGUGCGGUUGAUUCGCGUGUUUCGGUUUUAAGACAAAGUGAAAGGAAAAAUUUUAAUGAACCACAACUGUUUUUGAGCACACGCUUACCAUAACCAUCGCCGCUGCCAUUCGAUCAUCAAGCAAUUCCAGAUGUUGGCUACAGCUCUAAUAUGGAUUGCGGCUUUACUAGCUGUUAUUGGUCCCCUGCCAUUAACCGUUGAUGGAAGAAGACAUAAUUUAAAGAUUUUAGGUCUGUUUCCCCAUCCUGGCAUCAGUCACUUUCACUUCUUUCAUCCGAUAUUAAGAGGUCUGGCGGAAAGGGGACACGAUGUCACAGUUGUAAGUCAUUUCCCCGACAAAAGUCCACCAGUGGGUUAUACCGACAUACCAUUGACGGGAAAAGAAACAUUAGCAAACAGUGUGGAUCUGAAGGUUUUUGAAAAUCGCCGUUUCUACAAUCACUUCCUGGAGUUCUUCUUACUUUACGAAUGGGGUAAGGAGGCAUGCAAUCACACCCUUCGAUCAGAAGCCCUCUACAAAGUUAUGCGCCAAAAGGUACGCUACGAUGUUAUAUUGCUGGAACAGUUCAACUCGGAUUGUAUGAUGGGUGUGGCUCAUAUGUUGCAAGCUCCCGUUAUUGGUCUCAGCAGCUGUGCUAUGAUGCCGUGGCACUAUGAACGCAUGGGUAUGCCCAUCAUACCUUCUUAUAUACCGGCAUUGUUUUUGGGACAGUCCGAAGAUAUGUCUCUGGGUGGUCGCAUUGCAAAUUGGAUUAGCUUUCACGCUUUGAAUUUAAUGUACAAGGUGUUUUCCAUACCGGCAGCUGAUGCCUUGGUCCAAUAUAAGUUUGGUCAUGACGUGCCAUCAGUCGGUGAAUUGGUGAAAGAGACAACCUUGAUGUUUGUGAAUCAACAUUUUUCGUUAAGUGGAGCAAAACCGUUGCCACCCUCGGUAAUCGAAUUGGGAGGUGUACACAUACAGAAAGCUAAACCGCUCGACGUUGAUCUACAAAAGUUUUUGGAUAACGCUGAUAAUGGUGUGGUGUUCAUAAGCUGGGGCUCUAUGAUCAAAGCUGAGACUUUACCCGUUGCCAAGCGGGAUGCCAUAGUAAGAGCGGUCAAACGUUUAAAACAACGUGUAAUUUGGAAGUGGGAAAACGAAACUUUGGCCAAUAAACCCGAUAAUAUGUACAUAAGUAAAUGGCUGCCGCAGAGGGAUAUUCUCUGCCAUCCGAAUGUGAAGGUGUUUAUGACACAUGCAGGUCUCAUGGGCAGCUCAGAGGCAGCAUACUGUGGUGUUCCUGUAGUGGCAACACCAAUGUACGGUGAUCAGUUCCUAAAUGCAGCAGCAAUGAAACAACGCGGCAUGGGUGUCGUUCUUAACUAUGAAGAUAUCGAUGAAAACACGGUUUUGAAGGCCAUUAAAAAAGUCCUGGAAAAACAAUAUUAUGACAAUGCCAAAAUGAUCUCGUAUGCCUACAAACAUCGACCAAACACAGCCUUGGAUACAGCUAUUUGGUGGGUGGAAUAUGUGGCCAAUACUGAAGGAGCUCCUUUAUUGAAAUCCAGCUCCACAUACAUGUCCCGUUUUGUCUACUACUCUCUGGACGUUUAUACCGUUUUGGGAUUGGUUGUUCUUACUUCAGUCGUUACAUGGGGACUACUGAUGCGCAAAUUAAAAACUGCCACACGUAAUAGAGGGACAACUAAAGUUAAAUCGAAUUUUGAAAAACCUGGUCGCCGUGCUGAUGUUGAUUAUCCCGAUUUUGCUAAGGAAGCUAUUACCAAAGCCUUAGCUGAUGCCAAAAUUUCCUACAAUGAAGUACAACAAGCUACUGUUGGUUAUGUAUAUGGUGAUUCUACAUCGGGACAACGUGCCUUGUAUGAAGUUGGCAUGACCGGAAUCCCCGUCUUCAAUGUUAACAACAAUUGUUCGACUGGAUCCAGUGCCCUGUAUUUGGCUAAACAAAUUAUUGAAUCAGGAAAUGCCGAUUGCGUUUUGGCUUUCGGUUUUGAGAAAAUGGAACGUGGUUCGUUGUCUGCUAAGUACUUUGAUCGUGCCAAUCCCAUGGAACGACACAUUAGUGAAAUGUCCGAAUUAGCUGAAAUUGGACCUGGACCAAUGGCUGCUCAAAUUUUCGGCAACGCUGGCAAGGAACAUAUGAAAAAAUAUGGCACCAAACCUGAGCAUUUCGGUAAAAUUGCCUGGAAGAACCACAAGCACUCCGUCAACAACCCCUAUUCCCAAUUCCGUGAUGAAUACUCUUUGGAGCAAAUUAUGCAAUCACCUGUUGUGGUCGAGGGUAUUCUUACCAAAUUGCAAUGCUGUCCUACUUCAGAUGGUGCUGGUGCUGCAAUUUUGGUUUCCGAAGCCUAUGUUCAUCGUUUUGGUUUAGAAAACCAAGCCGUUGAAAUCGUUGGCAUGGAAAUGGCCUCAGAUCCUGAAUCAACUUUCAAAGAUAAAUCUCUCAUGAAAAUUGCCGGUUAUGACAUGACAAAAAUGGCUGCUCAACGUUUGUUCGCCAAAUCUGGCUACAAGCCCACUGAUGUUCAGGUUGUUGAAUUGCAUGAUUGCUUCUCAGCCAAUGAAUUGAUUACCUAUGAAGCUUUGGGUCUUUGCCCCGAAGGUGGUGCAGGCGAACUCAUUGAUCGUGGUGAUAAUACCUAUGGUGGCAAAUACGUUGUCAAUCCCAGUGGUGGUCUUAUCUCAAAGGGCCAUCCUUUGGGUGCAACCGGUUUGGCCCAGUGUGCCGAAUUGUGCUGGCAAUUGCGUGGUUUGGCUGAAAAACGUCAAGUCAAGGAUGUCAAAUUGGCCUUGCAACACAAUUUGGGUCUGGGUGGUGCUGUAGUUGUUACUCUCUAUCGUUUGGGUUUCCCCAAAUCAGCUGGUGUCGUUAAUAAUUUGACUUCUGCUGCAACCCAUCCCACUGGAGAAGGAUUCAAGGUUACACCACUCUUGAAGUUGUUGGAAGAAGAAAUGCAAAAAGACGAAGAAAAUCUUAUCGAAAAGGCACGUGCAAUUUAUGGAUUUAAGGUCACUAAUGGCCCAGGUGGCAAAACCGGAUUCUGGGUUAUUAAUGCCAAGGAAGGCAAAGGCAAAAUCACCUAUAAUGGCAAGGAAAAAUGUGACGUUACAUUCAUAGUUUCCGACGAGGAUGUCACCGAAUUGAUGACUGGUAAUUUGCCACCCCAAAAGGCUUUCUUCCAGGGCAAAAUUAAAAUCCAAGGAAACAUGGGCGUAGCCAUGAAACUGAUGAACAUUCAAAGCGCCGCUCAAAGCCGUUUCGAAACCUUGCGUGCAAAAUUAAAAGUAAUGUGUUACACAAUUAAAUUAGUAUGUGCCCUUUGUCUUAUGAUAAUAGUUCCCAACGAGAGCAAACAAAUUCUGGGAAUAUUUCCGCAUUUUGGAUACAGCCAUUUUAAAGUUUUCUAUCCGUUACUACGCAACUUAGCCGAAAGGGGUCACAAUGUAACGGUUAUCACACACAUUAAAAGUCCCGAUCCACAUUUGGCGACAUACGAGGAGCUUCUUUUGGAACAAAUGGAAGUUGUUAAUGUGGUUCCCCUGACCGAAUGGAUGCCGAGAACAUGGAAAGGUCUAAUUGACGAAUAUGUGGGUUUGCAUGUAGAGGGUCAGGAAUCGUGUGAGCGUCUCUAUGAAAGUGGCUACAUACAACAAGUACUCCAGCGUCACGAAAGGAAACCAUAUGACAUAGUUAUUACGGAAUACUUUAAUUCAGACUGUCAAUUGGCAGUUCCCUACCUAAUGAAAACGCCAAUUAUUGGCUUGAGUAGUUGCCUCUUGAUGCCCUGGUACUAUGAUCGUAUACUCUUGCCAGAUAUUCCAUCAUUCGUUCAAUCUGAAUUUAUUGGAUUUGCUACACCUCUAAAUUGGCAAGAGAGACUAACAAACUUUUUACAAGCAAAAGUCUUAUCGCUUUUCUAUCGCUAUCACACCAACCGUCUUGACAAUGAAUUAAUACGUCAUAACCUGAAUGUCACGGUUGAUGUCAAUAACAUUGCACAACAACAGACUGCUCUUGUAUUUGGUAAUCAACAUUAUUCAUUGGCUGGUAUACGUCCACAUACCGAGCAAUUUGUUGAAAUUGGCGGCAUUCACAUCCAGGAAGACAAAGUCCACGAGAAAUUAUCACCUACAAUUGAGGAGUUUUUAGACAAGUCUAAUGGAAAAAGUGUCCUCUUCAUUAGUUGGGGUUCCAUGAUUCGCGCUUCUACUAUGGAAGCGACAAAACUUAACACCAUAUUUUCCGCUUUGGAGAAAAGUAAAGCUAGGGUUAUUUGGAAAUGGGAAACCGAUGACGUUCCAAUAAAAAAUGAAAAUUUUCUUUUUGUUAAAUGGGCACCACAACUUUCGUUACUAUGCCAUCCUAAAAUAAAUCUGUUUUGGGGUCAUGGAGGACUUCUAGGAACUACAGAAGCUGUCUAUUGUGGCAAACCAAUGAUCUUAACCCCAAUUUAUGGUGACCAAUUUGUUAAUGCCUUUGCUGUACAAAAUCGCAAAAUAGGAAUAAUUUUAAAUUUUGAGGACAUCAAUGAAAAGAAUUUGGACAAUGUCUUAAAAGAAAUGCUAAAAAACACAAGAUAUGAAAGAAACGCCAAAGGACUAUCCAACAUAUUUCGUGAUCGUCCGAAAAAACCCCUGGAGACGGCGACUUGGUGGGUUGAACAUAUAUUGGAACAUCAACAAGCACGUGAAGUUUUGCAUUCACAUGCUGUACAUUUGAAUUGGUUUAUAUACUACUCGUUAGACUCGAUUUGUAUUAUACUGGCAGCGCUUUUUGCACUGUUAUUAUUUUUACGAUAUGUUAUAAAAAGUACUCUGCAGUCAUGCACAAAAAAAGUAAACAAGUUGAAGAGCCAAUAGUUUAAGCACUUUUAAACUAACUUUUAAAAUAAGAUAUCAAUGUAAGAGCUCUCUAUUGACGACAUGACAAUGCCAACGAAAAUGUUACAACUUCAUCAGUGAAAUGUACUUAAAAGUGAUGUAAUGUGCCUUCUAUACAAUAGUUGCAAUAGUUUUCAAAUAUAAGAUAGUUUUAUUGUACAUAAAUAUGAUUUAAAAUAACUUUUUUUUUAAUGAAAUGUCUUUUAUGCGUAGAUCUUAAAUUGCAACACAUUUAAAGUUACAUUGUAAUAAUUUUGAUAAAGUGUUUAAGAAUCAUCAA